GGGGGGAGGGAGGAGGAGGACUGGCAGUCGCUGCGAAGGACGGGAUAGCUGGUGUGAAGCCAAGGUUUGUGUACUUUAAGAGAGAAGAGAGUGCGCAGCAUAGACUACCCUGACACAUGAACUGUCCCAGCACAGCUGGAGCAGAGAAAGAAGCAAAGGGGUGGACUGCCUCAGAAUCCAGGGCACAGCAGUAAGAAAAAAGUGGGUUGUUUUUGUACUCUACUUUCGGCUGAACAGCUACAAAAUUCCUGAUGGGUUUCCAGCAGCUAGAAGCCUAUGAGCACAGGGCAGGAACAGCACAAUUUCAGAGCACGUUCCUCGAUGGGGAGAGAAAGACGCGCCGCUCCACGGACAGCCUGAACCUGCCAUGGAGGAAGUAGCAGUAGCAGAGGGAUCUGACCCUUUGCCCGACGUUCUGGAAAGGGCUGAGUUGCAGCUGGGCAGGAGGCCGGAGACCACCCUGCACGUGACCGAUGAGCAGCAGCUACGCAGCCCCAGCCCCGACCCCAGCCUGGAGCUCAGCACCCCCUCCUCCUGCUCCCCCGGCUCGCCCUGCGCCGGCGGCCAGCCGCAGCAGCACUGCCUCCCGGGCUCUGCCGUGUCAGCCCUGCAGUCCAAAGUGAAGGCCCUGUCAGAGCGCAGGGCUGCAGGGAGGGAGAGGGACGACAGGGGGCCGGCCGGGCAGGUGCCCACCCAGAGCCCGGUGGUGCUGGUGAGGGGGUCCGGCCAGGCCACAGUCAUAAAGAGAGUGUCGGCCUCUGUCCUGGCAUCUGCGGUCACAGCGAAAUGGCAGUCCAGCAGCAGUGAUGAGGAGAUGGAGCCCCACGUCCAGGUGCACUCUUACCUGUCAAACCACCCGCUGUCGGGAGAGCAGGAGGUGCAGGUGGAGGUGUUGGGGGGCGACGGGUGUGAGCUAGGCCCCAUCACAGGCCUGGCGGCCCUGUCCCGCGAGCUGGGAGAAGGGGCCAGCCUGGAAAACCUGUCUGACUGCAGCACCAUCCUUCAGGAGGAGCCACCCUCCAAACCCUGGGUUCCCCCUAAGUCCUUUUGGAAAGCGACCCGGCCCGAGACCCUGCCUCUGAAUGGGGAUGCCCCGGUGGCGGGUGACAGGAUGGCCAGCGGGAUGAUGCUGGCGACAGGGAUUCCGAAGAGAGCCUGGCUGGCGGGAGGGCAGGGGGUGCGCAGGGAGCUGCAGAGGUCGGACAGCCUGGAGAGCCACCUGCGCAGGUGCGUGCAGAGCGAGACGGGGCUGGUGGCCCCGCUGGGGGGGCUGUGGAGGGCCGACAGCUGGGAGAGCGUGUGCAGCAGCGGGAGCUCCCUCUCCCUGGCCGAGAGGGUGGAGAUGAACCGCGGCAUCCUCAAGCAGAUGCUCAGCAAACCCAAGGGCAAAGACCCAGAGGGCCCCCCGGGCCUGGGCAGUGAGCAGCAGGACACACCGGAGUGCAACGGCAGAGGCUUGACUUCCCUGAAUGACAGUGACUGGGAUUCUGGGAUAUCUCUCCAAGACAGUGAACACAGUCAAAGCAGGGCCUUUGUGUUCAGCGAGGACCUGCCUCUGAGUCCGCGACACGAGCAGGCCAAGCGUCUACUGGAGAGAGCGCGCAUGAAGGCCCGGUCCUACCCUCUCAAAGCCGACCACACCAUCCUGCCCGUCCAGAGGGACAACCCGGAGGUGCUGUCCAGGGCUGCUGCGGCGCCGCUGCGCAAGGCCCCUCUCGCGGGCAAGGAGGGCGCGGCCGCCGCGUCCGGCAACCUGAGCGACUCGUCGAGUGGCGACUCUGUCUGCGGGCCCCGCCGCCGUCACGGCCAGUCACCCACGCGCGUGCGCUUCGAGGACGAGUCGGAGAAGGACGCGGAGGUGCGCUACCUGGAGCGGCUGAGGCAGCGGCGGCGGGCGGGGGAGAGGACGCAGGGCGUCCUGGUGUCCAAGCCGAGCCUCUCGGCCUACGUCAACGGCAAGAAGGAGGGCGAGACGGGCGCGGCGGGCACGGUGGGGGAGGCAGGACGCGCUCCGGAUGGGGCCCCCCAGUGGAGCAAGAAGACCAGAAGGACCCAGGAAUGCAGCGUGGCUAACGGCGGGAGCCACAAGGCCACAGGACAAGAAGCGGUAAGCAGGAAGUGCAACUCCUGUGGGACUUUCCUGGAGGGCGGCAACGCCCCCCACCUCAACUCCAACGCAAACUGUCAGGCCCCUCAGACGGCUUCGGCCGACUGGGAGUCUCAAGGGAAGCUGAUUCCCUGCUGGGUCACCCCCGCCCAUCCCAGCCGCACAGUGCGCACAGAAAGAAUCAAGGAGACCUACAUUGGGGAGGUCGUUCCUGCUGAAGACCUAGACUCCAGUGUAGCUCAUUGUGGCUUGGCUGGGGAAACGGAGAACAGUAGUUCAGGUGAGAGAGCAUCGACUUUAGGGAAGCUAAAAAGGAAGAGUAGGAAGGGGGAUGGGAGGCAAGAGGUGGGGCUUAGUCCAUACGCACGGACAGUGGCAGGCAGUGGUUACCAUGGUGUGUCAUCGCUACAAGAGACUUCACACUGCAGGCCGGAGCCUAACGGGGCGGAGCUGGGCUCGUCUCAGGGGGGAGAGGUUCUGCCGCCCAACCCUUACGCCACAGAACAGUCGGGCCACCGGCCAACUUCCCCACCCAGAGACGGAACUCCGGCACCCCCUCUAGUCGAACCUUCAAGCCAUCGCCAAAUCAAGGACGCUCCCCCCGGUUCCUCCAACCCUCUGCCCAAGAAAUCUGCUCUGAAGUCCGGGUCCAAGAACCGGCCCAGCGGCCAGCGGGUGGUGAAGCUGAUGCCCUCCCCGCAGUACCGCCUCAUACACCUGGACACCCUGGAGGACCCGUGCAUCCUGGAGCCCAGCGGCGGGGCUCUGGAGCCGCCCGGCGACUCAGACGCCCUGCGGCAGUGCCUGGAGGAGCAGCUGUGCGCCGUUCUGAGCUACAACGAGGACAGCCCCUCCCUGAUGAAGCCCUGCCCCCCGGGGCUGUCCACCGGCAUUUGCCCCGCCCCAUGCAUCAGGCCCUCCUCCCUCAAGUACUCUGCGGCCCGAGCGGUUGACCACGCAGCCGGGGACCCCUGGGACGCUGCAUCCACGGAGCCAGCUGUGGGUCAGUACCACCAGGUCAACGGAGAGCUGUGCCAUGACCCGGUCAGCGCGUGCUCGGUCCCUGCCCCUCGCUGCGUGGGUGACGGCCGAAUCAGGGGUCCUCUGAGGGCUGAGCACCUGAGGGAGGACAGCCCUGAGCCCGGACAUGGCCCGGAAUCUCACAAAAGAGUGGUGUUUGAGGGCAUAGACCAGCGGGAGGGCAGGCCUAAGCUGUCACUGCGCCGCUUCUUCUCUGCCAUCGGACUCAACAGCGUGGGAAAGCAGACCCAAGGCCGCUCCAGCAGCAUGGAGCAGCUCAGCUUCUCCCCCAAGCAUGGCUCAGCCUCCCCCAGCCCCACACACCGGCACUGUGGCCAGCUGAAGAAGGCCCCUUCGCUGCAGUCACUACGCAUGGGGUCUCCAUUUGCGCAGCUGCGGAAGGCGUCGUCAGUGCAGAGCCUGCAGGUCCCCAAGAGGAAGGGAGACCGGUCCAGCGCGUACAUGCCAGGAGAGCAGCCCUGCAGCCCAGCACAGAGCAGGGGUCUCCAGAGGGCUCUGAGUGUGGAGGAUGUGAGCAGCCCUAGCGCAGUGCGCUCUGUGGGGCGAGUUGCCCAGGCCUUCCCCGAUGGGACUCUACUGCUGGAGCUCAGGAGGCCCCCCAAUGGGCCCUUUGGGUUCCUUAUUUCCCGGGGUAAAGGUCGACCAGACUCAGGCGUGUAUGUGGAGGAGAUGGGAGACAGAAGCACACAGAAGCUGUACGCGGGGCUCCUGGGGAUCGGGGACGAGAUCCUGGAGGUGAACGGCGAAAAGGUCGCUGGCCUGACCCUGGACCAAGUGACCCGGCUCAUGACGCAGGACUGCACCGCGUCCAUCCGUGUGCUCAGACACCGCCGGGCGCUGCGUUAAGCGAGACCGCCACCAACGUGCAGAGCAGUGAGCAGAGUGUGACCAGGGGGACAAACGACGGGCGGAAUUCACGGGUGCAGCCACCACAGUCGCCGAAUCGUAGUGUGCAAUAGGAAGACUCCCGCACCCUGUUAAAACCACAACUUCACUUGGUCGUUUACGGAGCCUCUCACAAGGACAGAGAGAACAAACCAGCAGAUGAGAAACGCUUCUUUCCUCUUUCUUCCUUCAGCUCUGAGCCACAGCAGGAUUCCUUGCGGAGAGUGCUGCAUUUAUAUGUGUGUCAGAAGGGAACUGGUCACAUUAUAAGUUAGAAUUCAAAUUCAAAAAUGUCAACCCUAACGCAUUGUUUUACAUCAGAGCUUGAAAUGCGACCAGUAGUGCAUAAAAGAUGUGUUCUGAAAGACUCCUAAUCAACACUACACUGAGUUUCCAGUGCCAUUGCCUAUCCUCAAACAGCACAAGACUUGUCUACAGUCAUUCUCUAGGCAUCAUAGCUGGCCUCAUACCUCAUAUAGAUUGUUUCUUCUGUUAAGACUCUAUACAGAUUUACUAGGAUCUGCUCUGUGCAAUAAAAGCUUCUUCUUACAGUGGAAACCAUGAUUACCAAAUGGCUACAGCAGUGAAAAAAAGGAAUUAAAAUGUAGGAACAGUAAUGAACAGAAUUGUAAUGGCACAAAUGUGGAACAAACUAAACAUGAUUUACACAAACCUCUCAGAACAAACUAUUUGAAAUGAAAUGGUUUUACUAAAUUUAUAUUAACACAAAAAAAAAACAUCCACAUCAGUCUACACAGUAGGAAGGAUGCAAAUGAGGAGAUCCUGGAGGAGAUGUUCUUCAUUUUUACUUAACCAGCUUUGUAAAGUCCAAUCUUCAACUCAUCUCAAACUAAAUCUGGGAUAUUCGCUAAACCUGUAAGAUGAUAAAAUGCUACAGUGGAUUAUAGACAGCAGAUGAAGCCAGAACUUUUUUCAUGCAAUGAAAUGAGAUGUGUAACGCUGUCCAUGUAGCCCAGCUACAGGCCUCACUGCUCAUUCUUUCAGCCACUGACAUAUUUAAGUUGAAAUAAGUCUUUUUACACUCUGCAUAAGCUGGCAAAGGACCGGGAGUUUGUUCAGCUGUCCUGAAGAGUACAACUGCAUGGUGGUUUAAAAAAAAAAAGGAUGCCAGAGGAGUUCUCACAAGGGAUUGGAUUUAUACACGUACAAUGGCAGGUUUUUAUUGGCGUAUGACAGACCAUUGGAAAUAUAUUCAAAUGUAUCGUUCUAAUGUAUUAGAAGACUCAAGGAUUUUAUUUUCCUUCAGUUAGUUUUUUCCUUCAGAGUUAGUUUUAGCACAGCAUAGAUUACCACUAAUUGAUGUAUUUGUUAUAAAAAAC